AGUUACUUUAUUUUUAUUUUACUAAAAUGAAAUUAUUUUGUGGUUAAUUAAUUAUAAUAUCGGUCUGAACAUUUCGCUGUGCGUGAUUUUGUUUUAGUUAUUAUUAUACUUAUUAGAUUAGUUAUUUUCUUCAGUAGUUUACAUUUUUGUAGUUAAUAUUUCCUUGGAUCUGUUAUUAGCUUUUAUUUAUUAUAUUUAUUAGGAAUACGUAAGUAUGUUGUUUUAGUUGGUGUUAAUUUCAGCAGGAAAUUGUAUGAAAGUUUGAAGUAAGAUUAAAGAAUAUCGAAAUGGGAUCGUCAAGUUCUAAGGUAAAUAAGUCGUCAGUUGUGGAAUCAUCGACAUCAGAAAUGACGUCACCAGUCAACGAUUUUGGAAUAAAAGUGGAAGCGAUAGCGGAUUGCGCAUUUCUUCUGGGCGAAGGCCCUCAUUGGGACGAACGCGUGCAAGCUCUAUACUUCGUCAGCAUUAAUGAGAAAACUAUACACAAAUAUGAUCCGGCUAAGGAGAGCCUUACCAGCGCUACUCUAGAGGGUCGUCCAGGCUUCAUAGUACCCCUCGAAGACCACUUGGACCACUUCGUAGUGGGCUUGGAGCGCGAUUUCGUAGUUAUCCAGUGGGAUGGAACUGGGACAGCCAGGGUUGUGAGGAAACUGGGGGAGGUGGACCAGCAGUCUCCAAGGAACAGGCUGAAUGAUGGGAAGGCGGAUCCUACGGGGCGGCUCUUUGCAGGCACAAUUGGCCACGAAGACGAAAAAUUCAACCUGGACAAAAACACAGGCUCGCUCUACCGACUGGACUCGCACGGCCUCACUGCGCUCUGCGACAAGAUCUCCAUCUCCAACGGCCUCGCCUGGGACCUGAAAUCUAAGGCCAUGUAUUAUAUAGACUCUCCAGAAAGGAAGAUAAGAAGAUACGACUAUGAUGUUGAGACUGGGGACAUUUCCAAUCUCCAGUACAUGUUCGAUUUUGAGACGAACAAAGUAGAAGGAGCCCCGGACGGCUGCACCAUCGACACAAACGGCAACCUGUGGGUGGCGGUGUUCGGCGGUGGUUGUGUCCUGCAGAUAUCCCCUGAGGGCGAGUUGAUGCAGCGAGUGGAAGUUCCCGCUAAACAGGUCACCUCAUGUACCUUCGGAGGCGCCAAACUCGACACACUUUACGUAACCACGGCGCGCCUCAACAUCGCCGGAGAACAGAAACAUCCCAGCGGAUGCACUUUCAAAAUAACUGGGCUCGAAAUGACGGGUCUACCUAACAACAGGUUCAAUGACACACUAUAAGGUUGUCAAGGAUACCACUUAUAACUCAUUAGCGAUUAAACCAUCGACUGUAUCCAGGACUUCGAUACGCUUUAAACUUGGCACACUUUACUAGACUCGCUCGACACACUUUACAUAACCACGGCGCGCCUCAACAUCGAUGAAGAACCGAAACAUCCGAGUGGGUGCACUUUCAAGAUAAUUGGGCUGUAACGACAGGUUCAAUGAUGUUAGUAAUUAAACACUAUAAACUAUAAGGUUGUCUAGGAUAUCGCUUAUUAGUAGUAGUAGUAGUAGUAGUAAACACUUUAUUGCACAAAACAACACUUUAUUGCGGUGAGCUCCAUCUUAGGCCCUGUCUUCACUUUCCAUCAGGUGUGACUAGGGCCAAUCGCCGAUCAGUUUAUAAUAAAAUAAAAAAAACAAGUACUUAGUGAUUAGUGAUAAAUCCAUCGAUUUGCCCAAAACCUCGACACACUUUAGUUGACUCGACACACUUUACGUAACCACGGCGCGUCUCAACAUCGACGGCGAACAGAAACAUCCCAGCGGAUGCACUCUCAAGAUUACUGGGCUUGGUGUCACGGGUCUUUUUAACAACAGGUUCUAAGAUCAAAUAUACCAGUCAUUAACCCUAAAGUUGUCUGGGAGAGCGCUUUUUAUCGAUGAGAGAGAUUACCUUGGAUACACUUUAAGUUACCCUCGACACACUUUACUUUCAAGAUAACCUGACAGAUGCGACACAUGUGGCUGGGUGCGACUGACAGAUGUCCCUCCAGGGACCGGCCCGCUAUCCCUUAUCGGGGUUUUAUAAGGGUAUUGCAUAAGGAUUAACUCACCAUACCCUUUGCCAGACGAAACCCUUUGUUUUGGUUUAAAAAACCCUUAUAUAAAGCUACCACAUUUGAGUAAUCGGUAGCCCAAAUACCCUUACAAAACCCUUAUCAUCCGCUCACCAACACCUUGCAUAUUGCUUAUAAGGGUUAGCCUUAUAAAGGGCUUUCCUUUUAGCAUAUAAGCGUGCUAAUUUAAGUCGUCUACCUUGUUCAUAAAGCACACAUUACUUCGAAUACGAGCGAUCGUCGGCGGCGACGGCGGCGUUCUUUGACUAGGCACGUAUUUUCUUUCCUUUUCAUACACUACCGUAGAUAUAUACUAAUCCUGUCUCUUUCACGCAAAGGGAAACCUUUAUAAAAAGCGCUUAAAGAUAAGGGUAACCCUUAUUAAGGGCUAGCCUUAUAUUUGGUUAGCUUUUCAAUAAGGGUUAGUCAAAGGUAAGGGUAUGAAUGGGCUUGCAGCUUAAAAGGGAAAGUCUUUCAAUGUGUUAGCCGUGUUUAAGUGUCGCCCAUUGAAAGGGUUUUAUCGCGGAAAGGGUUGUCCGGUCCCUGUGUCCCUCUAAUAACAGGUAUAGGAUAACUAGAUUUUUUGUUUCUUGCUAAGGUGGCAGCGAUUUUGGUAGCCAUGUAAGCGUUAUUUUAUACGUCAUCUUCUAUGAAAUUAUGACGUUUAAACAACACUUGUACUGUAUGCGUUAUCAAAACCGCUGCCAACUUAGCUUGGUCUAACUGUAUGAAAUUUUGGUUACUGUAAUCGGUCAAUUGCUUAAUUUUCACGCUUCUUUGCUGUCACGUACCCUUCGUCGAUCUUCGAUUUCUAUGUCUCUAUAAAAUUGUGACAUCAUUAAAUACAACUUGAAAAGUCAAAAUUAGGCACCUAUACAUAAUGUAUUUGUUUUAUUUUAUUUUAUUAAAAAUUAUAAUAUAUUCAGCUGG